ACACUCGCACGAGAGGAAACAUGGCAAAAGACGAGGGGGACGACCUCUUGCCGGACAAGGACGCGGCGAAGGGAUUCUACGCGAAAUACGAGCCCAAAGAAAUCCUUGGAAGGGGAAUAUCUUCCACUGUUAGAAGAUGUAUAGAAAAAGAAACAGGUGUAGAGUAUGCAGCUAAGAUAAUAGAUAUUAGUAAUGAAAGUAACGAGGAUGGAAAUACUAUGAAAGAUGCUACAUUACAGGAAGUGCAUAUCCUUCGUAGAGUUGCCGGACAUCCUUAUAUAAUUGAAUUGCACGAUGUGUUUGAAUCAAACACAUUUAUUUUCUUAAUCUUUGAAAUUUGUAAGAACGGGGAAUUAUUUGACUACCUCACAUCUGUGGUUACAUUAUCAGAGAAGAAAACACGCUACAUUAUGAGACAGGUGUUCGAAGGAGUCCAGCAUAUACAUAAUCAAGGAAUAGUGCACAGAGAUUUGAAGCCAGAAAAUAUAUUGCUAGAUGAUAAUCUAAAUGUUAAAAUAACUGACUUUGGUUUUGCCAGAUUGCUAAAGGGAACAGACAAGUUAUACGAUCUUUGUGGUACGCCUGGAUAUUUGGCACCAGAGGUGCUAAAGUGUAACAUGUUUGAGAAUGCGGAUGGUUAUCAACAAGAAGUAGAUGUAUGGGCUUGUGGAGUAAUUAUGUUUACUUUAUUAGUUGGUUGCCCACCAUUUUGGCACAGAAAACAAAUGGUUAUGCUUAGAAAUAUCAUGGAAGGAAAUUUCUCAUUCACAUCCCCAGAAUGGGCAGAUAUAACAGAAGCACCUAAAGAUCUGAUAAGAAAAUUGCUAGUGGUUGAAGCAAAAAAGAGGAUUUCCAUUAAGGAAGCAUUAGAACAUCAUUUUUUCCAUACAGUUCUAUGGGAUCAAGACAUCGCGCCUCUAAAACGUUCGCUAUCAUCUAAUUCUCGACGUCUGAGUAGGAUAUCUCAGUUAGCUUUGGAGUUGAAGGCAAAGUCGUUUAAUGCAAGGAAACGAUUCCAGUUAGCUAUUAUUUGCGUUCGUGCAGUUGUUCGUAUCAAACGACUUCACACGACGCCUGAACCUCUUUCAACGCAGGUGGCAUGCACUGACCCUUACAGAAUCAAAAUCUUGCGAAAGGUGAUCGAUGGUUGUGCAUUCAGAGUUUAUGGUCACUGGGUGAAAAAGGGUGAAGGACAGAAUCGGGCUGCUCUAUUCGAGAAUACACCAAAGACAGAGUUGAAGCACCUUUAUGUCACUAAUCUGAGCAGAUAACCAAUGCUUCAACGAAGUAUCUCCUAGUUACAAUUGUGAAUUUUUUUGUUAGUCGACGUUUACAGUAUCUAAGCGAAAUAUUUUCAUUGCGACAAAAAAAGUGAAAAAAUAAAUAAGUUAUUUAACAGAGAGUGGUAUACUUGUACUGCUUUUUCUUGGUUCUAUUAACGAACAAAGAAUUCUUCGAAUGAGUUAUGGUAACUAUAAAAGUGUUUCACUGAACAUGCAAUAUUACCAGAUAAACAUACAUUAUUAUCUCUCUCGAUACUGCGAAACAAUAUUCGCAUUUUAGGAAUAUUUUAUACGCUGCUCGACAAAUUUAGUUGAUAAAAAAAAGAGCUUCCCAAAGCGUGUUGCAAAAUGUCAGAGGAGUUUUUGUUAGCAGCAUAUGCGGCAAACAAUUAGCAUCACACUUUUAGAGUGUGUUUUGUUCGUUGAACAAGUAUUAUGUUGAAAAUUGUUCGUGAAAUUAUUUUUUUGAAUGUUUUACGUUAAAUUAAUGAUAAUUUUUCUGCUUUACAGUAUUUUUCGAUUUUGUCGUAGCACGAUAGAACGUGAAAGAAUUUAUUGUCAGUGGUACAGAUAAGUUUGUGAACCAUGUUCCGGUUUCGUUGGAAAAGUGGCGAGACCAUUAAAAAUGAUAAUAAUAUUUCGAAGAUUAAUGAAGGUGCUUGUAGGUACAAAUAUUUGAAAAUUACUAUUUCCAUGACCACGCUUACGUUUGUACAUGUACACUUAUAAAAACACAUAAAUAAUUUAUUACAAAUCAGCAAACACAUGCUACUAUGUAAUUAUACUUUUACUGUAGCCUGUUCCCACCGUUCUGCAAGAUUAUCAUUAAUUAUAUUGCGAUAACGAAACAGCAAUAACUCCAAUAAUUUCUGAAAAGUUUUAUAGAAAUAAUUCAUCUUGCAAAUGAUCGAGAAUAAGCUACGGUAAAAGAUACAUAUGAAAUUGAAAAUUAUGCGAAAUUCCGGCUUGAUUGAAUUUUACGGCGUGAAAAUUGUAUUCCAUAGUAAUAUUAUUUACUAAGAUCUGUAUGUACAUUAUAGUAUAUUUUGUGCAAAUUCUAGUCAUGUUUUAUACUGCUGGAUUUGUUUUAGAUUAUAAAUCGCAUAGGAAGAAUUUGUCUGGAUAAUUUUCCUUGAGAAACAAACGUAUGGUACAUCUUAUAAUCAUUGUCAAUAAUACAGAAAGAAAAUUGUAACGAAAUUCAAUUUGAUAUUAGCAUGCGAUAAGAGGUUAUAAAGAGUAGUUAAAUAAAGAUAAACCUGUAAGAUAAUGUUCAUACGUGUACCUAUAGUGUUAUAUAUCUAGUGUAAAAUGUAUAUUUUGAAGUAAAAUAUUUUUUCAAACGUUGAAACAAA